GGCCCUCCAGAUAGAUCGGGCUGGUAAUGAGACGCUGGGGUUGGGGGACGGGACUGGGGUUCAGAGGGAGGAUGAACUGAACCUAGAGAUCUAAGGUCCCAACUGAGCCCAGAAAACCUGAGCUCCAACCCUUACGACCCCCUUGUCAUGAGUAGUUCAGUGCACCUGUACUGGAGGCUAAGAGGUGGGGGUGAGAAGGGGAGAAGGGAAAGGAGACAUAGAAAACCUCUCCAGGCCAAGCAUGGAGUCCAGGGACCAGGUCUCAGGCAAAGUCUGCAUGUGGAUGUUCUUCCAGGAGAGGGCGCUGCAGAAGAACUGAAGCGCUAAGAUUUAUUAACAAUACAGACACUUGGCCUAUGGAGAGCACAGAUGCUUCACAUUCAUUAUCUUCCUUAUUUCAAACAACCCUGCCGGGUGGGCUGGUCAGGAUUUCUAAUCUCGACAUUAUGUAUUAGGCAACUGGAGAGCCAGAAAGAGCAAGUGAUUCACUCAAGGUCACCGAGGAAGCUGGAUGUAGAGGCAGGAGGGGUGCGAGGGAAGCCAAGGCCUGUCUGAGGGUGUGCUAAGAAGAGUGUGGAGAAGAGUUUAUGUCUUCUCCCCGGGUACUGUACCAUUGUACCUGGUCACACAGGAGCCCCCAGCUUGGAAUGCAUGUGUGGGAGGGGGAGGUGUGUGGUGGAGGCAUGCCUCAUAAGGUCUCUCUUCUCAUUUUGGCCUUCCCAGGUCUCCUGGGGCCCCUACUCCGGGGACGAUGAGGAGGCAUACUCGGCUGAGCCGCUGCCAGAACUCUGCUACAAGGCCGAUGUCCAGGCCUUCAGUCGGGCCUUCCAACCCAGUGUCUCCCUGACGGUGGCUGCGCUGGGUCUGGCUGGCAAUGGCCUGGUCCUGGCCACGCACCUGGCGGCGCGACGCGCUGCCCGCUCGCCCACCUCCGCCCACCUGCUCCAGCUGGCCCUGGCCGACCUUCUGCUGGCCCUGACCCUGCCCUUUGCCGCAGCCGGGGCUCUGCAGGGCUGGAGUCUGGGAAGUGUCACCUGCCGCGCCAUCUCGGGCCUCUAUUCGGCCUCCUUCCACGCCGGCUUCCUCUUCCUGGCCUGUAUCAGCGCCGACCGCUAUGUGGCCAUCGCGCGGGCCCUCCCAGCUGGACCGAGGCCCCCGGUGCCGGGCCGUGCACACUUGGUCUCAGUCAUCGUGUGGUUGUUGUCGCUGCUCCUGGCGCUGCCUGCUCUCCUUUUCAGCCAGGACGGGCAGCGAGAAGGCCAGCGGCGCUGCCGUCUCAUUUUCCCCGAGGGCCUCACGCAGACGGUGAAGGGGGUGAGCGCCGUGGCGCAGGUGGUCCUGGGCUUCGCGCUGCCGCUGGGCGUUAUGGCGGCCUGCUACGCGCUCCUGGGCCGCACGCUGCUGGCCACCAGGGGGCCCGAGCGCCGGCGCGCGCUGCGCGUCGUGGUGGCCCUGGUGGCUGCCUUCGUGGUGCUGCAGCUGCCCUACAGUCUCGCCCUGCUAUUGGAUACUGCCGACCUCCUGGCGGCCCGCGAGCGGAGCUGCCCCGCCAGCAAGCGCAAGGAUCUGGCACUGCUGGUGACCGGGGGCUUGGCCCUCGCCCGCUGCGGUCUCAACCCCGUGCUCUACGCCUUUCUGGGCCUGCGCUUCCGCCAGGACCUGCGGAGGCUGCUACGGGGUCGAGGCUGUAGUCCAGGGCCUCACCAGCGCGGCCGCUGCCCCCUCCGGCCCCGCCUUUCUUCCUGCUCGGCUCCCACGGAGACCAACAGUAUCUCCUUCUGGGACUACUAGGGCUGCGAAUCAAGAGGAGGGGGGCGGGCUGAGGAAAUGAUUCCAGGGAGGGUAGCGGGAAGAGGGAGUAGGUGGGGGACACUGAGAAAGAGGUAGGGACAUCAGGAAUCGCUUCUGUACUUCGGCACAUUAAACUGACAACAUGGAAAUGAGGGGCAAC